AUGUUUUUAAAGCAUAUAGACUUGACGACAGCCUUGCGGCCCUCCUAUCUGCCUGAUGAGGUGCUCUUGUUCGUCCAAGACAAUGUCGGCCUAUAUGAGGGCAAGUUCAAGCUGCCCAAGCAUCAGAACGGACAGGUCUACUUAACAUCUCACCGUAUAUGUUACGUUGACAAGGAAGAGCCACGAUCGUACUCGCUGGCGCUGGAUCUAAAAGACGUCGAUCGAUACGAGUACUCAGCCGGCUUUCUGAGAUCCUCGGGCAAGGUCACAAUCAUUCCCAAGCCACCAAAGCGUUCGUCAGCUCGGAACCAUAGCACUUCGCAUUCCACCUCGCCUUACCGUAACGGUUCAGCUUCUUCGCCCAAGCCAGAAGGCUCAACAGGACCGCCAACGUCCACCUCAGCGACGUGGGUCUGCACGAUAUGCAGCUUCUCCAACCCUGUCCCGUCAAACUUCGACCCGGCAUCCGCAAAUUCUCACACGCCUCUACCACCUUGCCUCGCCUGUGGUAUCAAACCUACUCUCACACAUGUGCUAAAGGCUUCUAUUGCAAACGCCAAACCCCACUCGACCUCUUCUCCCGCGCCCCCAUCCAACUCGGCACUCUCCCCACGAACUUCUUCAACUUCACAGAUAAAUUCUUCGCCUGAACUCUGGUCAAGCCCAUGGAAUGGAACCCGAGAUCGAAGCCAAGGAGACACGAAUCCCAACGUUGAGUGUCCACGAUGCACCUUCUCUAAUCAUCCGUCCCUCUUGUCGUGUGAAAUAUGUGGCGCAUCCCUCGUAUGCCGAACUAGCGAUACCUCGGGGCCGCCAGAGAUCCCAGAGAACACACGGGAGGACUCACCCGGGCCUGUCAUUGAUUCACCCGGCAAGACAGGUAGCAUCGAUGGUCAUGAGAGUGUAAAGAUCUCGUUUCGCAGUGGAGGAGAAAAGAUAUUUUACGAGAGGCUCAAGGGGUCCAUGACACAGCGCAAAUGGCUUCUUCAUAAUGCACCACCGGUUCCUAGGAGCAGUCGGCGGGCAGACGAAGCUGGCGGGAGUGGCUUCCUCGGUGAAUCUGGCCCCCGGAGGAAGACGGCCGGGAUCGCAGGCUUGGAGCAGCUAGGAAUGAACAUGCGCAAGGAUAACGAGCUCAUCAUCGGUAGCGCUUUUGAGGACCUCGAGGCCCUCAUGGCGUCUGCCAAGGACGUUGUCGCCCUGGCAGAAAGGCUAGCACGCCAAAACAGCUCAGGCGGCGAGGGCAUGUCAGUCGAGGAAAAUGCCGUGCUGGCCGAAUCAGCUCACCAACUGGGCCUAGUGACGACAAAGGAUAUUGUCGGUGGCGGGAGCUCCCAGGCGCUGUACCUCUCUGAGCUGGCGAGAAAUCUGGCCGAAUUCCUGACGGACGACUCCCGCGGCGUCCUUAAGAAGGCCGGAGGUAUCAUCACCCUGGUAGACUUGUGGGCCAUGUUCAACCGAGCCCGGGGCGGCGUGGAGCUCGUCAGCCCCAUGGACUUUGAGAAGGCAGCCCGUCUUUGGGAGAGCCUCAAACUGCCCGUCCGCCUGAGGACAUUUCGCAGCGGUGCCAUGGUCGUCCAGGGCCGUGACCGGACUGACGAGGCGACAGUCAAGGCGCUACUGACUUGGCUCCAAGACCUGCACGAGUUUCCACCCGACAAAGAUGUCCCCUGGGACUGGCGGACGUUUGGCCGCGGCGUCACCGCGCAGGAGGCAGCCGAGAGGUUCGGUUGGAGCCUGGGUGUAGCCGAGGAGGAGCUCCUGAUGGCCGAAGAGCGCGGCGCCGUCUGUCGAGAGGAAGGGCUAGAGGGUCUGAAAUUCUGGGUCAACUACAUUGACAUGGGGGACGUAAAGCCGCCCAAGACAGAACAGCAACAAAACGAGGAGCAGGUUAUAAAGGCGUUGAAAGCAGCUGGAUUCAUAUGA